AUGAAAGUUAUAUUGGUGGACCCGAAGAACUCAAAGAAAACGCGUGCCAGGGACACUGAAGCAUCGCAAGAGUCGAAAGUGGGUAACAAAAGUAGUGGCACAGGCGAUAGUUUGCCGGUGGUUUUGCAUAAGUUUGAGGGUGGGAAGAUAGAGAAGAUUGUACUAGGUCAGAAGAAAGGAUCCCGACAACAACAAACUAACAACGAACGAUGUGAUCUCGUCAUCAAACAGCAUUCGAAAUUUCAGAACUGGGAAAAGCAAACACAUGUGGCAAACCAUGGCAAAGCAGGUGUUUCUGCUCCUGGUCCCCUGACUUUUGUUUCGCCCGUGGACGGCAUGUGCUCGCUAGAGUACGCUAAUGCAUGGCAAACGUCAUUUGACUUUGAUGGCCAAAAACCGCUGAGGCCACUGUUUCGCAUACAAAAUUUCAAGAAACCUAAAAGACCUCGACGUGGCGUGGCGGGCUUGGGCACCGUCCGUCUUGAGAAUUCUACCAAAAAUAUCAUGAAUCAGAAUUUCAACCCCGAAGCAUCGUCCAAGGGUGAGUAA